AUGAGCGUAUCCUCUCAUGGAACCACCCCUGGACGAAAGAGGAUCUCCCGACACUGGACGGAGCUUCCUGAUAAUGCUACCGCAUCGAUACUCUCACGGCUGGGAGCGAUCGAGAUCCUGGAGAGCGCUCAGAAAGUAUGCAUGAAAUGGCGCAAAGUCUGCAAGGACCCUCUCAUCUGGCGCAAGAUUGACAUGCGCAACGAUGGCGAUCUCGAAGACAUAAACUACCACUUGGAGGAGAUGUGCCGCCACGCCGUUAAUCGGAGCUCUGGUAAUCUGGUCGAUAUUAACAUUGAGCACUUCGGCACCGAUGAGCUGCUUGAGUAUAUCACUGAUAGCUCGAGUGGAAUCAGACGUCUCCGACUGUUGUGUUGUGAUGACAUAUCAGAUGCGGGAUUGAGUAAAGUGGCUUUAAAACUUCCAUUGUUGGAGGAACUUGACAUUUCUCUAUGCGAUAAUAUCUCGCAUGAAGCUGUAGAAGUGCUUGGCCGCUCUUGCCCCUUUUUGAAAUCAUUCAAGUUCAACAAAGAGUGGUGUCAGUUUUCACAAGACGGCCAGGCACUUGCUAUAGCAGGAACCAUGCAUGGUUUACGACACCUCCAGCUUUUUGGGAAUAAGUUGACAGAUGAUGGCUUGUCAAGCAUUCUUGAUUGUUGUCCUGAUCUUGUCUCACUUGACCUGCGCCAUUGUUUCAUUCUCAAUAUGGAGGGAGAUUGGAGAAGUACAUGUGCUGAACGAAUUAAGAAAUUGUGGCUUCCCCAUGAUUCCACUGAGAGCAAAGAAUUUGUAGCUAGAUCUGAAGCUUAUUGUUUUAAAUGGACAGAACUCCCAGACAAAGUUACGGCAUCAAUACUGUCAAGGCUUGGAGGGAUUGACAUCCUCACUUCCGCUCAGAAGGUCUGCUCCAAGUGGUUCAAAAUAUGGAAGGACCCUCUGAUGUGGUGCACCAUUGACAUGCGCAAUAAUUUUGAUUUUGACGACUACAAGCCCUUCUUCUUCCAUGAGUUGUGUGAACAUGCCAUUGAGCGUAGCUGUGGUAAUCUGGUUGACAUCAAUGUUGAGAACUUUGGCACUAAUGAGCUCCUUAAAUAUUAUAUCGCUGAGAGGUAUCUUAAACGAUCUCCAUUAAAUGGUGUCUUUUAUGAGUGGAUUAUUAUCAAUAAGGUGGUGUCUUUGAGAGUGAAAGAGACUGUUUGA